CCGUCAGUUCCGGCCGCCCCGCCGUUCUCUUUGGUGUUUGCCCUGUGCCGCCGGUCCCGCCCGGCCCAUGGACUGAGCGCCCCCGCCCCGGCCCAGGCCGCGCCCAGCGCAGGCAUUCUCCAUUAUAAGUAUCCUAUUCAGAACUAAGUCCAAAUCUUCACUCUCUGGAUCUCCUAAAGGUCAGCAAUUUGUCUUCCCCACACGGAGUUUGUCUGCUUUCAAAGCUGUUUGCCUACAGUAAUCUGCUCUGGUUGGAAGUGAACAUGUCUCAAGUUCAGAUUCAGAAUCCUUCUGCUGCCCUUGCAGGGAGCCAAAUCUUGAAUAAAACCCCAGCUCUUUCACAGCCUUUGAGUAUCCCUUCUACUACCAGUUCUUUGCCCUCUGAAAAUGCAGGCAGACCUAUCCAAAACUCUGCUUUGCCCUCUGCUUCAGUUACAUCCACCAAUGCAGCUGCAGCUCCUUCAAACAUGGCAAACCCCAAAGAGAAAACCCCCAUGUGUCUUGUGAAUGAGUUAGCCCGUUUCAACAAGAUUCAGCCCGAGUAUAAGCUUCUGAGUGAGCAGGGUCCAGCUCACUCCAAGGUGUUUACAGUGCAGCUGACUCUUGGGGACCAGCACUGGGAAGCUGAAGGAACUAGUAUUAAAAAAGCUCAACACGCAGCAGCUGCCAAAGCUUUGGAAGGGACAAAAUUCCCCAAGCCUACGGCUCGUCCAUCCCGUAGUGAAGGCAAGAACCCAGACAGUGUAACCCCCACGGUGGAGUUGAAUGCGCUGUGCAUGAAGCUGGGGAAGAAGCCCCUGUACAAGCCCAUCGAUCCCUACACGGGGAUGAGAUCCACCUACAACUACACCAUGCGGGGUGGCACCUACCCCCCACGGUACUUUUACCCUUUUCCUGUCGGGCCCUUACUUUAUCAAGUGGAGCUUUCAAUUGGAGGGCAGCAGUUUCAUGGGAAGGGAAGAACAAGACAAGCUGCUAAACAUGAUGCAGCUGCUAAAGCACUGAAAGUUCUGCAGAAUGAGCCCUUGCCUGAGAAACCAGAGGUUAACGGAAAAGAACCAGAUGAUGAAAAUCUCAAUAAAUCUGAAAUAAGCCAAGUUUUUGAGAUUGCACUUAAAAGGAACUUGCCUGUGAAUUUUGAGUUUUUCCCUCUGAAACAGGUGACCAAGGAAAGUGGUCCUCCCCAUAUGAAGAGUUUUGUAACCAAGGUGUCAGUCGGAGAAUUCAUGGGUGAAGGUGAAGGAAAGAGCAAGAAGAUCUCAAAGAAAAACGCUGCAAUAGCAGUCCUAGAAGAACUGAAAAAAUUGCCACCCCUUCCUACGGUUGAGAAAAUGAAGCCACGAAUCAAAAAGAAAACAAAAUCAAUAGUGAAGCUGCAAACAAGUCCAGAGUAUGGUCAAGGAAUGAAUCCCAUUAGCAGACUUGCCCAGAUACAGCAGGCCAAGAAGGAGAAGGAGCCUGAGUACAUGCUGAUCACAGAGCGUGGGCUGCCCCGGCGCAGGGAGUUCGUGAUGCAGGUGAAAGUUGGUGUACACACAGCUGAAGGAAUGGGCACGAACAAAAAGGUUGCUAAGCGCAAUGCAGCUGAGAAUAUGUUGGAAAUUUUAGGUUUUAAAGUCCCUCAACCUCAACCUCCAAAACCAGCAUUAAAGACAGAAGAGAAGACCCCAGUGAAGAAACCAGGUGAUGGAAGAAAAGUCACCUUCUUUGAGCCAGGCUCUGAAGAGACUCCAGCCAGUAAUAAAGAAGAUGAGUUUCGGAUGCCUUAUCUCAGCCAUCAGCAGCUUCCUGCUGGCAUUCUUCCCAUGGUCCCUGAGGUUGCCCAGGCUGUAGGAGCCAACCAAGGACACCACACCAAAGAGUUCAGCCGGGCAGCUCCCAACCCUGCCAAGGCGACGGUGACGGCGAUGAUCGCCCGGGAGCUGCUCUACGGGGGCACCUCUCCCACUGCCGAGACCAUAUUGAAGAGCAGCAACUCCUCAGGCCACGUCCCCCACGGACCCCUGACCAGGCCCUCCGAGCAGCUGGACUAUCUCUCCAACGUUCAAGGAAUCCAGGUUGAAUAUAAAGACUUUCCAAAAAAUAACAAGAACGAGUUUGUAUCUCUUAUAAACUGUUCCUCUCAGCCACCACUGAUCAGCCAUGGGAUUGGAAAGGAUGUGGAGUCUUGCCAUGACAUGGCUGCACUGAAUAUUUUAAAGUUGCUGUCUGAGUUGGACCAACAAACCACAGAGAUGCCAAGGACAGGAAAUGGACCAAUGUCUGUAUGUGUGAAACAAGAAAUGGAAAGUGACCCUCUCCUCAAACCGGCGAGCGCAAACCCUUUGGGACAAACACUGGACAGCACUGCCUGAAACAGGCUCUUGACUGAACCCAAACCUGAAAGCACCAGAGAAAAUCAAAUGCUUCCUCUUAAUGUAACCUAACUGUUAGAGUGCUACAGUCUCUACGACCUACUGUAGUGUCUAAAUCAUAACUGUUGCUUUUUCUUCAAACAGUGAUACAUUUUUUAGUUUCAUUAUGUUGUUUUGAUUGAAAUGACACUAUAAAUUUUUCAUUUAAAAGUUUCUUAAUUGUAUCUAGAACAAUAGCACAGUUUAGAAACUUUGUCUUCUGAGACUGACAUGUUACCUGUGAACUAACUUGGGAAGAUCAUAUCCAUGUAUGUGGUUAUUUUGGUUUUAUUGGAAUAGCAGCGUUCCACUGGAAACAGGCUGUGUCCCACCAUUUUAAAAAGCCCCAUAUUUUCGCAAACCAACCUUAAUUAUCCAAUGGUUGAUUUAAUUAAAACACUUUAGGAAUUUUAAACUUGGUUUGAUCAUUUUUGGUUUAAUUUCUAGUUUUCUUGAGUGUGGGGUAGGGGAACUCGAAUGCAACGUGACUUUCAGUGAUCUCUGAGCUGUGUUUUUAGGGACUGUGUGUUGGUGGCUCACAGCUCCUACAGUACAGGAUAUGAUCUCAAUGUAGUGCAUAUAAAACCGCAGAUUGAUUUUCCUUGAGUGCUUUAUACUGUUUAAUUACAUCUCCAUGUAGGGCUGAAAAAAAUUACCUAUGUUUAUAUAUAACUGUGUUGCUUUUGAUGUUGUGUUCCUUGCGCACGGAGGGUGCGCGAUGAGGUUUGCCUUGGUCCAGGUACAGCACGAUAGCCGCGCGAGUUCAGUACUGCUUCCGUUCAUUGUUUACGCUGGAAUUUUUUCUCCCCAUGGAAUGUAAGUAAAACGUAGUGUUUGUCACAAAUAAAUGGUAAUACUAAAUUUUUUUUUUAUUUUUUUUUUGGUUAAUUUAUUCUUGUAUGCCACCACAGGGGCUGCUUUUUGAUAGAUUUGUAAUGCUUGUGCUUCUAGUCCAGGCAGUGUGUGAAGCUGUGGAGUAACUUAUGGUGGGUCCCGAGUGCAUCGAGGUCCCUGCUCGUGCCGUGCGGGGUGUGCAGACCCGGCAGGGAAGGCAAUGCGAAGUGACGUGGCUACGGUUUGUUAUUUGUGCCCCAGUGUGUUAGUGCAGCUUUGUUAAUGGGAGCUUAAACUGGAGUUUUAAAAAGUCAACUUAGACGAGGACCCUGGCACGGCCGGCGGGUGGGACUGCGGAGUUCAAGUCUCUGCUUUGAAGUUUCCUCGUUUGCUGUAACUCCAGUCCCAACCUUGCCUCGUGACUGGGGGGCAGUGCUGCAAACCAGAACUGACACCUCUCCGUGUCUCCUUCGGUGUGUACUCACCUGCGACCUGUAGCUGUCCCUGCCCUGUGCAGCACCUGCAGGGGCUCUGCCACAGAGAGCGGCUCCUGCAGGUGCUGUCUCAGAGCUGCGUGUCUUGGCCGUUGUAUUUGCAUCACCCAAGGCAAUCGGGCCACAGGAACUGCAGACCAGAUUGCAUUGAAUCACACUGGGUUUGAUCAUGACGAGCAAAAAAAAAAAAAAAAACCCAAACAUUGUAAAGGUUUUUUUUUUGUUUUAUUUUUUUUUUUACAUUUGUAGAACUAAAAUGCUGUACAUUUAAAAAUUAAAAGAAACUUGCUAGGCUGA